AUGGAUCGAGCUCCUCUCCUCGUCCUCGUUCUCCUCAUCCUCUGUUUAUUCUCCGAUCUGACCGAUGCUAAUAAGUUCGAUUUAGCAGCCGAAUCGCCGAUGAUUUUCCCGCUCAGCUACUCCUCCCUUCCGUCGCGAGUCGAGGAUUUCCGCCGCCGUCGUCUCCAACAAUCUCAGCUCCCUAACGCUCACAUGAAGCUCUACGAUGACCUCCUUGCCAACGGUUACUAUACGACUCGCUUAUGGAUAGGAACACCUCCACAGGAGUUUGCUUUGAUUGUAGAUACUGGAAGUACUGUCACAUAUGUACCUUGCUCAACUUGUAAACAUUGUGGGAAGCAUCAGGAUCCAAAGUUUCAACCUGAAUUAUCUACUAGCUACGAGGCUUUGAAAUGCAAUCCUGACUGUAAUUGUGAUGAUGAUGGGAAACUAUGCGUCUACGAAAGACGAUAUGCUGAGAUGAGCUCGAGUAGUGGGGUUCUAAGUGAGGAUUUGAUAUCUUUCGGCAACGAGAGCCAGCUUUCUCCGCAGCGUGCUGUUUUUGGAUGCGAGAACUCGGAGACAGGGGACCUUUUCAGCCAGCGUGCUGAUGGUAUAAUGGGGUUAGGUCGUGGUAAGCUCAGUAUUGUUGAUCAGCUUGUUGACAAGGGUGUUAUGGAGGACUCUUUUUCGUUGUGUUAUGGUGGAAUGGAAGUUGGUGGUGGUGCUAUGGUACUUGGUAAAAUCUCUCCUACUGCAGGAAUGGUGUUUUCUCAUUCGGAUCCUUUUCGCAGUCCGUACUAUAACAUUGACCUGAAACAAAUGCAUGUUGCUGGCAAGUCUCUGAAGCUAAACCCAAAGAUCUUUAACGGAAAGCAUGGAACCGUCUUGGAUAGUGGAACAACAUAUGCUUAUUUUCCAAAGGAAGCGUUUAACGCCAUAAAGGAUGCGGUCAUUAAGGAGAUUCCAUCUCUCAAACGAAUCCAUGGUCCAGACCAAAAUUAUGAUGAUAUUUGUUUCUCUGGUGCUGGAAGGGAUGUGGCUGAGGUACACAAUUUUUUCCCGGAGAUCGCUAUGGAAUUCGGAAAUGGUCAGAAACUGAUCCUUUCUCCCGAGAACUACUUAUUCAGGCACACUAAAGUUAGAGGCGCGUACUGCCUUGGAAUAUUUCCGGAUAGAGACUCAACAACACUCCUAGGAGGAAUUGUUGUCCGUAAUACGCUUGUCACUUAUGACCGUGAAAAUGACAAGCUCGGGUUUUUGAAGACCAACUGUUCUGAUCUAUGGAGGAGGCUUGCGGCACCAGAUUCUCCUGCACCUACUUCACCUGUUUCCCAAAACAAAAGUUCUCAUACAAUUUCUCCAAGCCCUGCUUCGAGCGAGUCUCCUGCGGCUGAUCUUCCAGGUGUUUUCCGAAUUGGAAGUAUCACCUUCGAAGUAUCAAUCAGUAUGAACAAUUCUUCACUGAAGCCAAAUUUCUCAGAGAUUGCUGAUUUCAUUGCCCAUGAGUUAGACAUUCAAAGUUCACAGGCAAGCUUAAUACAUUCUUUUUCCACUAGUUCUCCUAAAACCAAGGCUCUCUUGUUGUGA